GAGACGCUCUGGGCGCGCAGCCGCGGAGGCGCGGGGACCCCGGCCCGCGCCGGCGGGGCGGCGGGCUCACCUAUGGGACUUUCGAAAAGCAAGCCCAAACCCGGGAAAGGUGAGGAGCGAAGGAAGGGCUCCUCCUAUUCGAGUUCGAGAUCUAAGGAGAGGCUGUCGGAGAAGCACUCCCUGGAGGCCGAGAAGCUCGCGGACAGCCACUUCCUGAGGAAGGGCUCGGCCAAGCACGGGCGGCCUUCGGCUUCGUCGGAAGAGAAACCUGAUGUAAAGCAAAAGUCGAACAAGAAGAAAUUUGUCAUUCCGCAGAUCAUCAUCACUCGGGCCUCAAAUGAGACUCUAAUCAGCUACUGUUCCACUGGAAAUGAAGAGCAGAGAACCAUUCGGGAACAGGCUGAUUGGGGUCCCUACCACCGACACAGGAACCCCAGUACAGUAGCUGCUUAUGAUCUGCAUACUAAAGAAUAAACAAGCGCCCCUGAAUUGUCAUGACUCACUGUGCUGAGUUUCAGCCACACAGGCAGAAGGGCCAUCCUGCCCCUUUGGAGCCAAGGUGCCCUCAGUCCACUAGGUUCUGCCUCAGUGACCACCUUGGUCUUACCUUCCCUAGGGCCGCUGGCAGCUUAUGGAGUGA